GAGGACACGGCCAAGAUGGCGGCGGGCCGGGCGCUGCGGCUCCUGGCGCCCCUCGGCUGCCGCCUCCCGCAGCCCCGCCGCGGCCUCCGCCUCUCCGCCGCCGCCGCCAUACAGGUGACGGUGAGGGACGCGCUGAACCAGGCGCUGGACGAGGAGCUGGAGCGGGACGAGCGCGUUUUCCUGCUGGGGGAGGAGGUGGCCCAGUACGACGGUGCCUACAAGAUCUCCAGGGGGCUGUGGAAGAAGUACGGGGACAAGAGGAUCAUCGACACGCCGAUAUCUGAGAUGGGCUUCACGGGAAUCGCCGUCGGAGCGGCCAUGGCAGGGCUGAGACCAGUGUGCGAGUUCAUGACGUUCAACUUCUCCAUGCAAGCAAUCGAUCAGGUCAUCAACUCGGCCGCCAAGACGUGCUACAUGUCCGCGGGGUCCAUCCCCGUGCCCAUCGUCUUCCGGGGCCCCAACGGGGCGUCCGCUGGCGUGGCUGCCCAGCACUCGCAGUGCUUCGCGGCGUGGUACGGGCACUGCCCGGGACUCAAAGUUGUUAGUCCGUGGAGCUCAGAAGAUGCCAAAGGUCUGCUGAAAGCGGCAAUCCGGGACGAUAAUCCAGUUGUGAUGCUGGAAAACGAAUUGCUGUAUGGUGUUCCCUUUGAAAUGUCUGAACAGGCACAGUCAAAGGAUUUUGUUGUUCCAAUUGGAAAAGCCAAAAUAGAAAGGGAGGGAACUCACGUUACAUUAGUGUCACACUCAAGACCUGUUGGACACUGUUUGGAAGCAGCUGCUGUACUGGCCAAAGAAGGUGUAGAAUGCGAGGUGGUAAAUCUGCGCACCAUUAGACCAAUGGAUAUCGAAACGGUGGAAGCAAGCGUUAUAAAAACAAACCACCUUGUAACUGUAGAAGGAGGUUGGCCGCAGUUUGGAGUAGGAGCUGAAAUCUGUGCCAGGAUCAUGGAAGGAUCUGCCUUUAACUACUUGGAUGCUCCAGCUGUGCGUGUUACCGGUGCGGAUGUUCCUAUGCCUUAUGCAAAAAUUUUAGAAGAUAACUGCAUACCUCAAGUGAAGGAUAUAAUAUUUGCAGUGAAGAAAACUUUGAAUAUCUGAGUUGUAAAUACAUGUUUUAAAGUCCUGCUUUAAAAAGUGUUAAUGGUGUAAGGCAAGUUGUAUGCAUAACUUUGUUGUAUAGCUACACUCUUUUGUACAGUAAAGUACAGCGAUCUCUCCAGUAUUUAUAUGGCUACGUGUAACAGGGUUACCCUCUAAGCCACACUUGAUAUAAGCAACAAUGUGGUAAUGCUUGUCUGUUAGUCAGCUUCUAUCAGCUGUACAGGUGCGCUGGGAUCUCUCCACGUAUUCAAAAUUCACAGGGAAGGGAAGGAAAAAAAAAAAACACUUGAAUUUCUGCUUCGCUUAUAAUUACCAGACUACUUGUGUUUAACUGACUGUGAUGGUGGAUGAGUGCGAAAUGGUAUUAAAAGGGGAAUUCACCCUGAAUUUAGUCCUGGAAUGCUGCACAGCUCUCUAGGAUCUAUUUGCAAGGCUUACUGAAGGUGAAGAAUCAAACCGGAGUUGAGCAAAGCCUUGCUUUCAACAAGUGCAACUAUCUGUACAAAGUGGCUUUGGAAGCCUGUGUAUGGGUUAAGAGCUAGCUAAUGUGCUUAGUUCAAAGAGUACUCUUUCAUCAUACAGAAAAGCUUCUGCACAAAAGCUUAAAUAAAGAUCCUGAUCCUCUUCGGUACGCAAGGGGAAACACUA